CUUGCUAUUUCUACUCCCUCUAUCAUUCACUCCCAAUUCCCAAAUUCGCCAAAAUCAAAAACCCUAGAGAUCUUCAAACCCCAGAAUCGAAGGAAUCACAACAAUCUAUGAAAAGGGUUUCUUCUUCUUGAAUCGAAUUAGCAGAUUCGACGUUCACUGGGAAUUUUUUAAGAUAAAUCAAACGAUGUCGUCGGGGUUUGUGGCAAUGAAUUUCAACAUGUCUCAAGGUGUAAACCUGCUGUCAACGGUAGUGCCAUUGCUGAAACUCAUCUCCCUUACCAUGAUUGGCUUAAUUCUUGCACACCCAUCUGUCAAAAUGGUUCCAAGAGCAACAUUCAAACUUCUCAGCAAGCUUGUUUUUGCAUUGUUUCUGCCUUGCCUGAUAUUUACACAGCUUGGUAAGUCCAUAACUCUUGAAGGCCUUCGUAGUUGGUGGUUUGUACCAGUGAAUGUUCUGAUCAGUACACUGGUUGGUUGUGCAUUGGGUUAUUUGGUUGCAAUCAUAUGUAAACCACCGCCUGAGUUUUUUAGGUUUACUGUUGUGAUGACUGCGUUUGGGAACACCGGGAAUCUUCCAAUUGCAAUCAUUGGGUCUGUUUGUCAUAGUAAGGAUAAUCCGUUUGGUCCUGAUUGUCAUACCAAUGGUAUUGCUUAUGUGUCGGUAUCUCAAUGGGUUGCUGUGAUUUUGGUUUAUACUUUGGUUUAUCAUAUGAUGGAACCUCCCAUAGAGUACUAUGAUAUUGUUGAUGAGGGGAUACGAGAUGAGGAAAUAACUCCGGUUCAUGAUAUGAGUAGGCCUCUUCUUGUUGAAGCUGAGUGGCCUGGUAUGGAGGACAAGGAAACUGAAAACUCCAAGAGACCUUUCAUUGCUACGGUCUUUAACAGCCUUUCAAAUAUCUCCCAUCAAAGUUUGUCUGACAGUGAUGUUGAUGCACCGGUGGCGAGUGGCGCCAGCAGUCCCAAGUCUGUCAGGUGUUUGGCAGAGCCGAAGAUGGUUCGCAGGAUUCGAAUUGUUGCUGAACAAACCCCAGUGCGUCACAUCCUUCAACCCCCAACAAUAGCUUCUUUUCUUGCUAUUAUUAUUGGGUUGGUGCCAGCUCUCAAGGCGUCUGUGUUUGGGGACGAUGCUCCACUUGCUUUCAUCACAGAUAGUUUAGAAAUCUUGGCAGGAGCUAUGGUUCCUUCGGUGAUGCUUAUUCUCGGUGGAAUGCUUUCUGAAGGUCCAAAUGAUUCUAAACUUGGGAUUAAAACUAUUGUUGGUGUUAGCGUAGCAAGGCUCGUAGUGCUUCCUGUGUUGGGGAUUGGGAUAAUUGCUUUGGCUGAUAAAAUGAACAUUUUGGUCGACGGUGAUCAGAUGUACAGAUUUGUUCUUUUGUUGCAAUACACUACACCUACUGCCAUCUUGUUAGGGGCAAUUGCCAGUCUGAGAGGUUAUGCAGUUCGUGAAGCUUCAGCGCUCCUAUUCUGGCAGCAUGUCUUUGGCGUUCUGUCUCUCUCAGUAUAUAUCACAAUUUACUUUAAAUUGCUUUCAUAUGUAUGAGAUUUUUACUGGGAUGUCUUUCAAGCUCCAGUUGCAGGCUUGCAGCAGUGAGUGCUGAGUAAUCUAUACAAAAAAGGAUAAUUGAUUUAUAUUGCUACAGAUGUCAGUGUGUUUGUUGUAAUGCUUUAUUCGAUUGUAUUGAUUCUUGAAAUAAAGAAUCCAAAUGGAGAAAUAUUGUCACUGUUGGAUGCGUAUUACAUUAGAUUGUCAAGUUUGCCUGAGCAAAUGAUUAUUUCUUCUUCUGAAUGGGUCUGCAUUGCGAUUCA